AUGAAGAGUGUCAGCUCGUAUAGCCGGUUACGAGCCCGUGUUAUUUUGUUAGUUAUCGUCGUUGCUCUAUACCUGCUCUACUACAAAUACUCCAACAACAACAACGACACCUCUAAUAACCCACCACAUUCAUUAUACGCGGACCUUUAUCAAAAAGAAGAACAGACUGGUCGGAAACUCUUAGAAAGUCUACAUCUUAUAGAUUCCCAGAAGGAUCCUAAAUUUGUACUUUUCCGACAACACGAGGGAGCUGACUUUGGGAAUCAGGUUCAGGAGAUAUUACUGCAUCAUCAUUUGGCCUUACAAUCCUCUCGAUUCUACAUCUACCAACCGUUCUACUGGAAGCCCCGAAAUGAGCAGCUUCCGCUUUCUGCCUUCCUGCUAGGCGCUACCGAGGAACGGGCAGUUCCUGCUUCAUUCUUUGAAGAGCUAUGCCCCAAGGGUUCAGAAGACGUGGUACACAUCAAAAUUCAAGCGUCACAAGAAGAGCUUUGGGACACCGCGUUGUCUGCUUUGAGAAGGGAGGAAAAGUGCAUAAUUGUGGAUAACCCGAUCGUAGAUACAGCCUACCUCUCUUCACCUGCUGCACAAGCGAUUUGGCCUCUUUUCCAGAAAUAUCUUGCCCGCUGGUUUCGAUGGUCCCCACAGAUUCUUGACAUCGUUGAGCGGAGACAGACUCAACUUAAUCUCCGGCGUCACUUUUCCAAUCUUAAAGGCGAGCCUUACCUAGCAUUGCAUCUCCAUCGAAAAGAAUUCAUCGAUUACUGUAAAACUGCUGCCCACCACAAACUCGGAUUCACAAAUUGGGCAAAUCUUCCAUCCAUCUUAUCCACUACCCUUCCCCCACAACUUAAUCCUAGAAACGACUCGUCUGUCAUGGAACACUGCUAUCCAUCCCUUUUUCGUGUUAUGGAUGCCAUAGACCAGCAGAUUCGUCGGAAGCCGUAUCUACGCACUAUUCACAUCAUACACGACGGAAUCGCAUUGACCGACCUUUGGAAGUUAGAAACUGCUCUGAAGAACCCGGAACGUGCACAUCGCGCUGGGUGGACGUAUGGGCCUAUAAAGUCACUUACGCAUUCCGCAAUGUUACCUCGCGAGUCUGGAGAUUCAGAUUUCCUCGUAGGCGCGGAUGCUGAACUUGCACGACGAGCUGAGGUUUUCAUUGGAAACGGUUACUCAAGUUUUUCUUCGUAUAUUAUCGCGUUGCGAAUGGGAGGGGACUUGGUGGCUGCGGGGAUUCCUGAAGACAUAACUUUGCUAUGA